AUGUUGCGAGCACUUGGACGAACGGUUUACCUCACUGCAAGAUUUACCCCGCAGAUUCGACACCCUAACGUGAUAGCUAGCUUAAACAAUUUCGAUCAAACCCGACGGAUACAGCAAACUCGAUGGAACAGUAACGCAAAUCCUCAGCGGAAAGGGUUUUUAGGAAAACUCAUUGAUAAUGUGAAAGAAGAAUUGGAAAAGAACAAGGAGUUACAAGCACGCAUUGCUGCAGAACAUGUGGAGAAAAUUGCAGAGAAAGUGGGCGAUACAGAAGUUUAUAAGCAAGUCUCCUCGUCGAUGAAAGUCGUGAAGGACGAGAUUGAUAACAUCACCGAUGUUCGAAUGUACAGCCGACCAGAGGUGCUGAAGAAACGAACAGAAGGAUUUGCUGACGCGUUCGCAAACCGGACUGUAGAGGCGAAUGAG